AUGAGCCAACCAUCUCUUGGAGCUGAUUCCGGCUGUCUCGAUUUUGAAAUUCCAAAUGAAAAAGCUACCGAAACCACUAAAAAGAAUCGCGAAUCUGGUUCUAGAAGUUAUCCAGAAUUGGGGUCAGUGGAUAAGGGAGGAUUCGGAUGUAAAUAUUACUAUCUCGCAACAAGUAUGGACAACUGGGAAGAAGAGGAGCAUAGUGAUUAG